AGCUCACACGCAUGUGUCGUCUGAAGGCAAACGCGCAUGCGCACAGAUGAGCUGCAGAUCUGACGUCACGUACUUCCGUUCAACAUGGCGGCGCAGCGCAGGAGUCUGAUGCAGAGCCAUCAGAGCUGGACCGACGAUCUGCCUCUUUGUCAGCUGUGUGGUGUCGGCUCGGCUCUUAACUGUGUGUACGGACCCGAUGGAAAAGGGACCCAGAGUCACCCGAAUGAGGACGGACACUUCCGCUUCAGUACUGAGAGCUGUUAUCUGUACGGGGUGUUUGACGGGUUCGACGGCAGCAGGGUGGCAGAUUUUGUGUGUCAGUGUUUGACAGCUGAACUCUUACUGGGGCAGCUGAACUCCAGUCACACGGACGCAGACGUGAAGAGAGUCCUGACACAGGCCUUUGAUGUUGUAGAGAAGAGUUACUUUGAGACCAUUGACGAUGCUCUUGCAGAGAAGGCAAAUCUUCAGACUCAACUUCCUGAGGGCGUCUUUCUCUCGGCUCAGACACAGAAGAUGUCAGAACGACUCAAGUCUUUAGAGCAGGAGGUCUCGGGUGGAGCCACAGCUAUAGUCGCUCUCAUACUCGAUAAUAAACUCUACAUCGCCAAUGUAGGUACCAAUCGGGCUCUUCUCUGUAAGACAACAGCUGAUGGUCAGAACCAGGUGAUCCAGAUUGGCCGAGCACACACAACCGACAAUGAUGAUGAGCUGUCCAGGCUCACCCAACUGGGUCUUGAUCCGGUCGGGUUGAGGCAGGUUGGACUGAUCUUGGGUCAGAGCAGUACUCGACGGAUCGGAGACUACAAAGUCAAAUUUAACUACACAGACAUCGAUGUGCUCAGUGCAGCGAAGAAUAAACCAAUCAUCGCCGAGCCUGAGAUUCACGGCAGCCAAUCGCUGGAGGGCGUGACGGGUUUCCUGCUGCUGAUGUCAGAGGGGCUGAUCAAAGCCCUCGAAUCGGCUCAUGGACCGGAGCAGGUCAACCAGGAGAUUGUCGCCAUGGUAGCAGCCGAGUUGGCUCUGCAGAGCAGUCUGGAGGCAGCUGCGCAGUCGGUGGUGGAGCGAGUCAAACGGCUGCAUCACGACGCAUACGUGAGCGGCAGACAGAGAGCGUCACACUGCGCACGACACGAGGACAUGACGCUGCUCAUCAGAAUCAUCAACUACCCGCUAGCAGAGGGAUCUCUCACACCUACACAAGGAGGUCGGCUCUACCCUGUAUCUGUGCCGUACUCGAAUCAUCAGAGCACCAGUAAAACCAGUGUGACGCUGUCUCUGGUCAUGCCAUCACAGGGCACGCUGACAAACGGCUCCAACACGGCGUCCACACUCAAGGAAGACACGCCCACUGCCAGUCAAAGCCCCACAGCGACGCUGCAGUCCACCAACACGCACACGCAGAGUUCCAGCUCCAGUUCUGGUGACGGCAGUUUGUUCCGUCAGAGAGCAAGUCAAGCGGCUCAGCCCGAUGAAACCGGACGGGUCCCGCCCUACGUUGACUUCACACAGUUUUACUACUUGUGGGGGAUGGACCACAGCGACGGGCAGGGACUGACCGCAGAUCUAGGACCACAGUGAGGAGCCGAGCGGAUGAGGAAUCAGAGCAGAGGUCACUCCAGGGUCGUUGGGAUUGAAGGAUGAGCUCUCACGAGAGCCCUUCUGUGGUCCUGAUGGGAUCCUGCACACGUACACACAGAAUCCUUUUUUAACAGUAACAGCUUGAAUCCAGCACAUGAGUUAAAGCAAAAGAAUAAAAGAUUAGACUGACGAGUAUCUCAAGCGAGCCGUGGCGUUAGGCAUGAAUCUUCAAGUCAUUUGAUGCUGGUUAUUUUUCCGUCUACAAGUACAUUCAUUUAUUAUUUCUCUGCACUUCUGUCUGUUUAUUUCUUUUUUUAUAAAGUUUGACUGCAGGUUCUGUGAAUGAAUUCAGUUUUUGUUUGUCGUGUGUGUGUCAUAUCUGUGUACUUUGGCCUUCUAUAAUAAAGGGUUGAGGCGGAUCACA